GCGAUUCGGCCAAUCGGGGCCCACGUCGCGCUGCAGUGGGCGGAGACGCGGCCCAGCGCUGCUGUAACACAACCGAGCCUCUGGAAUCCAGAAAACGGACAGAAUCGACACGAAAACAGCGACAAAAGAGCAAAAAACGAAGCAGAGCAGGAGCGUUCGCCGACCUGCAGCCAUGGACCCGGCUUUACCUCCAGACCCGACGGAGGCCCCGAGCCCCGAGAUCAAGCCGGAGCCGUCAGCGGCAGAGCUCUCUCCAGAAGAGCCGGCCCCGGGGCCUCCUCCGGCCGCCAACUCCUACAAGAUCAUGACCUUCAGGCCCACCAUGGAGGAGUUCAGGGACUUCGGGAAGUACAUGGCGUACAUCGAGACCCAAGGAGCUCACCGCGCCGGUCUGGCGAAGGUCAUCCCGCCGAAGGAGUGGAAGCCGCGGCGUUCCUACGAGACCAUCGAGGAUAUGGUCAUCCCCGCUCCCAUCAUGCAAGUGGUGACCGGUCAGUCGGGGCUCUUCACUCAAUACAACAUCCAGAAGAAGUCCAUGACGGUCGGAGAAUAUCGCAAACUGGCCAACAGUAAAAAGUACUGCACCCCUCCGCACAAGGACUUUGACGACCUGGAAAGGAAGUACUGGAAAAACUUGACGUUCGUGUCGCCCAUUUACGGCGCCGACAUCAGCGGCUCGCUUUACGACCCGGACAUCACGGAGUGGAAUAUCGGUCAUCUGAACACUCUUCUGGACAUGGUGGAGCAGGAGUGCGGGAUCGUCAUCGAGGGCGUCAACACGCCCUACCUGUACUUCGGCAUGUGGAAAACCACCUUCGCCUGGCACACGGAGGACAUGGACCUUUACAGCAUCAACUACCUGCAUUUCGGCCAACCCAAGUCCUGGUACGCCAUCCCUCCCGAGCACGGCAAGAGGUUGGAGCGGCUGGCGCAAGGUUUUUUCCCAGGAAGUUCUCAGGGCUGCGACGCGUUUCUCCGUCACAAGAUGACCCUCCUGUCUCCCUCCAUCCUGAAGAAGUACAGCAUCCCCUUCGACCGAAUCACGCAGGAGGAGGGGGAGUUCAUGAUCACGUUUCCGUACGGAUAUCACGCCGGAUUCAACCACGGCUUCAACUGCGCCGAGUCCACAAACUUCGCCACGCUGCGCUGGAUCGACUACGGCAAGAUGGCCACGCAGUGCACGUGCCGUAAGGACAUGGUGAAAAUCUCCAUGGACGUCUUCGUUCGGUGUCUGCAGCCGGAGCGCUACGAUCUGUGGAAACAGGGGAAGGACAACAUGGUCCUGGACCACCUGAAGCCCACGAGCCUCACCAGCCCUGAGCUGGAGCACUGGAGGAAGACCAGAGUCACCUACAAAGAGAAGCUCCUGCGCAGAGCCCAAGCGAAGGUGAAACAGUUCCGGCGUCUGAAGCUGGAGGAGGUGAAGGCCCUGGCGGAGGAGGGGGUGGAGCUGGAUAUGAGCGAGUAUCUUCGUAAGGUGGAGGAGCGCGAGCAGCAGCGGCGGCAGCAGAGGGACGAGCGCAUGGCGCGAGAAGCGCUCCUCACGCUGGAGGCGCUAGAGAGAGAGGAGCAGGAGCAAGCGGAAGCAGCGCUUCGUGAAGGAGCUGGUGAAGACGGAAAAACGGAUUCUCUGGAUCCUCCGCCGGAGAACGGAGAGGAGAAGAAGAAGAAGAAGAAGAAGAAGCCGAAGCAUGCCGACGAGCUCUCCUUCCAGGAGGUGUUCGAGCAGUUCGCCUCCAGCGACAUGGAGAGUAACGGCUCCGCCCCCGGCCUGCAGCCGAGUUCCUUCACGAAGCUGAAGAAGAAAGUUGAGGUGAAGAAGAGUCGGAGACAUCCGAUCAGCAAGCCGCCCAUGCGCUCUCCUCACUCCAUAGUCAAACAGGAAGCCUCCAGCGACGAGGAGCUGUACUCUGGGCUGUCUGUAGGUGGCGACGUGCAGCCGGAGGCUAAGAAGUCAGAGGAAAGCGCGCUGUGGCAGAGUUGUUUGGCAAACUUCCCGGCAGAGAAACAGUUCAACGCUGCGAUGGCGACCAUCGAGCCUCACUGUGCCGUCUGCACGCUCUUCUGUCCAUACACACAGCCCGUGAAGGACCCCUUGCAUCUCUUGGACACGUCCGGUCUGGUGUCGCGGGUCGGCUGUCGCACGCGUCCUCUGGUUCCAGAGAUGUGCUUCAGCGCGGGUGCCGAGAACACUGAACCGCUGCCGGCCAACUCUCACAUCGGUGACGACGGCACCAGCGUCCUGCUGUCCUGCGGCAGCUGCAGCCUCCAGGUCCACGCCAGUUGUUACGGCAUUAAUCCUAACACGAAACAGGAGGGCUGGAUGUGUUCUCGGUGCACAGCGGGCGAUUUGACCGCCGCCUGCUGUUUGUGCAGUUUAAGGGGAGGAGCUUUGAAGAAAACCACAGAAGACAGGUGGGUUCACGUGAUCUGCGCCGUGGCUGUGGCCGAGGCUCGUUUCGUUAACGCCGUGGAGCGAGAGCCGGUGGACGUGACGGCCGUCCCCGACACCAGGAAGAGUCUGAAGUGCGUCUACUGCCACAAGACGACCAAGCAGAUCUUCGGCGCUUGUAUCCAGUGCUCGUUGGACAACUGCUCCACGUCCUUCCACGUGACCUGCGCCCUCCUCGCCGGAGUCGUCAUGAAGCCGGCCGAUUGGCCGUACGUGGUGUCCGUCACCUGCCACAAACACAAACAGACCAAUCAGAAGGUGCGUAGCUGCUGUGGAGGGGAUCCGGAUGCCCACGGUGGCCCUCAGACUGACGCUUUGCCUCCGCUGCAGGUCAAAAACGGCUCGCGCGAGUUGUCUUUAGGUCAGGAGGUCAUCGGCAGAAACAGCAACGGUUGGUUCUACCGCUGCACCAUCACCGGCAUCGGCACGCAGAACUACUACGAGGUCAACUCCGACGACGGCUCCUACUGUGAUAACGUCUUCCCAGAGAACCUGCUGAGUCACGACUGCCUGAGGAACGGCCCUCCAGAACUCGGCGAACUCGUGGUGGUCAAGACGAUCGACGGACGGGUUCUCAACGCGUCUUUCAUAAAGGAGCACAUCCACCGAUACUACCAGGUGGAGUUUCAGGAUGAGACGCAGAUCUUACUGAAGCGCAGCGAGAUUCACUCGCUGAACCAAGAGCUGCCCAAGAGGGUCAUGUCUCGUCUGGCAACUGUGAACCAACAGCAACCUCAGGCGCAACCGUCGGAUGAACCUCUGGCCGCGAAACGCCCGCGUCUGCCGACGCCGCCACCCACGCUAGCCAUCGAGCCCUCGGCGCUACCUCCAGAAAUAGUCACUGCUUUCCUGCCCGCUAGUAUUACUCCGAACACCAGCACCGCCCCCUGCCUGCCUCCCCCCGCAUCGCUUCCUGUUUCAGCACCCGCACUUCCUGCCCCGGAGCCCAGCGAGAGCUACACCCACAGCUCCAGCUACAUCGCGUACAUGGAGUCUCUCCUCAACUCGGACUUUCCUCCAGAAGAGGGCGAACAUGGCGUCGAGCCGAUGUAUUGAAGCGCAGCUAAGCGCUACCAGCUAUUUGUCGACGCUUCGUACAGACUUCGAGUUCAUCCACUGCAUGUCUUCGUUUCAUUUAUUCGCUGUCGUGCUAAUCUGAGUCUCCCACCCGUGAAUGAUGCGCGCGGGACGCAUGCGUGUCGUUAUAGACCGGAGCCGUGACGGACCCAGUACAUAGCCUUGGGGGACGCCGCACUCUUCCGACCCUUUCCACGACUCCUCGCUCUGGUUCUUUCGCUAAACGGAAAGAGCCGCCAUACGUUUUCAGACGGGAUAAUCAUUCGCCGUACGUGCUGUUUACUUUAUACCUGAUUUUUUUUUUUUUCUCUAACGAGUGCUAAAUAUUUUUCUAACUCGAGCCAAAACGUCACGCUAGCCGGUCACAGCUCAAAUAGACAGUCUAUAUCUGUACAGCUUCAGGUAUUUUUCUCUGUACUCAAGUGUUCGGGGGGAAGGGGGUCACAGGAAGAGUUUUCGCCGGGGCUCGUGGGAUUUAACAAGUAUUUAAAUGUCUUUUGUCACAUAUAGAUUUAAUAUUUGUAUAAAAGAAAAUCACUUAUGGCAGCAUCAGAAGCUACAGUUUUCAAUUAGCAUACACGUUUGUGUUACGAUAGAUCCUGGCGUCUUCACGUAUUCUUCUAUAAUCUACGAUGAAAAUGUUUUUUCAGCCACAGACGAUUUGUUUUUGUAGCAUACUCGGUAGACGUUGAUAUCGAAUACUAUUCACCUCGUCUGUUUUUUUAUUAUGAUUACUGUUGUUGUUACGAUUAUUAUUUUUAUUGAUUUCUAUUUUGGUGAAUCUUUGCAACGCGAUGUCGAAGGACGGAGGAGAAAAGAAAAAAAAAAAAAAAAAAAGUUGAAUUUAUCAUUUUUAUUCGAGAGGUUGAAGUGGCGUACAUUUAAGCGUAUAGUCAUAGGUGGUGUUAAACGGAUACGCAGUCCGCCUUCUCAAGGUGCUAUAGAGGUCUUAGACUACUGAGGGGCGAUCUGGGUCGAGUGAUCCACAACGAGGUGUACAUACUAGAUGUCCUGCUCACGAAUUGGAGAAAAAAAACAAACUUCUGUGUAACUCCUAGUCUUAUCAAAUGCCAUGUUACAUUCAAAUAAAGGGUCUGGUUGUCACUUUAGUUUUCUUUUACCCUUUUUGUUGUUUGCCCAUCCUUCCUUCGCUUUCCGAUGCUAACGAUUAGCACGCUACAUGUAUCUAUCUAUGUUACAUUCAGUACCCCUUGAUUGAUUGGGAAUCAAACACCGAAGAUCUUACAGGCCGAAACCGAAAUGAACCCAGUACGCCGCGCUCUUCAGGCCCUUCCCACAAUCCCUCGCUCCCAACUCUUCACUAAACCGAAAGAAGGCUCUAAUAUUUUCAGAUGGAACAAUCGUUCAGCGCGCCAAAGAUUUCGGAGAAUUGUUCAAAAUGCAAGGUAAAUAAACACGAGGACAGCCCUUCUUUUUCUGUAUCCAAUUUAUUUGGCACGUUUUUAAGAAUAACAUCCGAGUUCCGCCUUUACGUAUGAAGUGAACUUGUGAGCGCUUCCUCUCUCCUUCCGUUCAACGUGACAACCACCGUUCUCAUCUCAACACUGUUUGUUGUUUCCUGCCCACCAGUGACGCCUACGGCUGCUGACGCUAGGAGCGGCGCGUCGACGGCUACCGUGCUCCUCUGUUUCUGGGGUUUCUUCUUAGCAUUAACAGAAACUUCACGAGGGGCCGGUUUAAUGAAAUAACCCACCACAGCUUGCAUACUGAUGAUGGCAAAUGUUUAUCUGUGCAGAAGUACUAGGAAAGAUUCUAAUAAAAUGUGAAGUGAAACUGUG